AUGUCAAGAUCUGUCUUGCGUUUAGCAGAACAUGCACCGAUUUCUAAGCCUGUCAUUCUAGAAGAACACGCUGUAUCAAAGAAAGAAGAAACACCAGCUACAAGCAUUGAAACAUCGAAAGAGAAACAGGAAACACCAGCGACAAGCACUGAAACAACGACAGAGAAACAGGAAACGCCAGCCACAAGCAUUGAAACGACGACAGAGAAACAGGAAACACCAGCAACAAGCACUGAAACAAAGACAGAGAAACAGGAAACACCAGCAACAAGCACUGAAAUGACGACAGAGAAAAAGCCAGAUAAAGCAAUUUCUGAGGAUGCAGGUGAUGAAAAUAAAGAAACAUCGGAUGCAGAAAAAAAUCAUGAAAAGGCUGAAAAUCCAGUCCAGAAUGGAACCAAAGCUGGUGGUGUAGAUGAUGAAAAGGCUGAAGAUGGGACAGAGACAGAAGAGAAGGAUUUAAAGGGAACAGAGGAGAAAAUGAUCGAGGACGUAGCUGAGAUUCUAAACGCUUGA